AUGUCCUUCGAGAACAAACUGCCAACUCCAUUAGAAAACAACGAUGCUAAGGGCCAUAUGGUCUGUACCCUGAACAAGACUACGGAUGCCAGAAGAGCAGCAGAGACUUUGUCUAUUGCUUUUAGUAACUCGCCAGCGUUUCAUUUUAUCUGCAAGAAAAUCUUAAAUAUUCCUCUAGCUGAGAAGGUGCCUACAAGGACAAUAACCACCGAUAUCAUAUCGCCAUUCCUGGAUUCACCUUAUGGUGAGAUCUCCGAAGUUAAUACUUUCGAUGCUGUUGCAGUGUGGAGUCUUCCACCUCACGUUCCGAAGGCAAGGAGUAAUGAUGCAAAGUUCAACAAGGACUUUAUUGACGAUUUAAAUGCUCGCGUAAAGCAAGUCAUUCCAAAUGGCAUCAAUUACUACUAUCUUUUCUGUAUUGGUAAGAACUUAAAUGAGAAAGGAAUCAGAGGUUCUGUAAGGACUAUUUUUGAAGAGUACAAAAGGAGAGCAGACGAAGAAAAUUGCGCCAUUGUCCUUGAAGCUAUUGCCGAGCAUGCUAAAUCUGUGUACGAAUAUUUUGGAUUUAGAAAUUACAUGACGUUCAAAUACGGUGAGUGUGAGGUCGACUCUAACGGCAAUUGCGAUCCGAAUGGUGAAGGGUUCACAGCCUAUUUAAUGAUAUAUCAUAAGGACGGUAAUAAAGUCUUAAAAGAGUAG